AUGGCAAGUGCCAAGGGAAGCGUGGUGUCGGCAAAGAUACCACUAGGAAUCUUGGUCAAUGUGUGUGGUAUCAUGGAGAGCUCCCUCGUGGUCGUGCGCCGUGUCCUCCGUGAAUUCUUCGGUGCCAUGGCGUCACUCCGACAGUCGGCCCUCAUUGUGGCGAGUGUGAAUUCCAUUGGAAACGGCACCGAACUCCAUCGAUCGGUGUGCGCGUUGGAUGCUCUCUUGCAGCAGAUCGAGCGCAUUAGAUCGGUGACCGGAAAGCGUGACAUCGGUCAGCAUAUACGGCACGAGUGCUCGUGCCGCCGGGACUUACCGAUCGCCAUGCGGCUGUUGCAACAAGCAGAGUACCACAUCGUGUACAUCACGGCGCCGACCACCGCUCCUCGAGGGGAUGAACUCAAGAAUUUUGUACGAGGGGGUAACGUUGUGGUCCAGUUUAUCCUGUUGCGGUCUGAGGUCGAGGACAUUCAAAGCACUGCGGACAGCUUGAUGGCGUUGGUGGACGCAACGGCCGACAUGCCUUCCGUGUCCAUUGUACAGUCCGAAGACACGCUCAUAGACGUGCGCAACACCAUGAAGCCGUGGUUGCGAAAGUUGCAGGCACACAUGACCGCCGUUGUUCGGUGGCCGCCCUCGUCUCCAGACGACAUGUCUACAACAUCCCUUCAACUGGUCCUUCGAAGCAGCUUUAGCCUACACGAGACACAGGAAUCGCAAUGGCACUUGCUCCACGCGGGCUUGGCCCACCUCACAGCUCUACAUGUCGUGCCGCUGGAUUCGGUGGACGGCAGCGUCGUGAUCGGGCUUCCAUUGACCUCCGACGCCGCCUCAGACCCGUGCGUUGACCCCGUCGCCGUCAACAUGCACUACUUCCUGCGCACAAAUCAAAGUGGUAUCGUCGUGAAAUGCCGGAACAAGGCGGCUUCUGCGUUGGAGUUCUACUUGCUCGUGGCAGCUGGAACCACGUACUCAUCCCAGUGCCCCUUCAUGAUGUAUCGAUUAGCGCCAACUGAUCAGGUGCUGCUUCCACCACCGACGGCACACGAACCUUUCGACCUGCCGCCGAUAGACACGUCGUUCAAUCCUUCCAUUCCCAACCAACGCUUUAACCCAUUCGACUAUGAUUCAGGAGUCGGCGACGUCACGACCCAUGUUGUGACCCCAGUACCCAUCGACGUCGCCCCACAAGCAGUAUUGCCACCUGCUCGCUCACUCAAGACCAAAGCAAGGAGGUUCCUCUGACAGGCGCAACAAGCAGAACUUCGUCAUCAGAGCAUUCAUUUCAAUGUAUCACCUUCCU